GGAAGAGAAAGGCAAGUUCCAGUUCUGGGUCCGGUCCAAGGGCUUCCGCCUGGGAAACGGCACCAGGGAGGCGACGAAGAUGGGUCAAGUGGUGGUUUAUGUGCCGGUGAAAACGGGAACGGGGGCAGAUGGACUGUCGGAGCCCGAGGGCAUCUCUCUGAAACGCGUCGCUGUGGUGGAAGAUUUCUUUGACAUCAUAUACUCCAUGCAUGUGGAGAGCUCGUCCGAGCCGGGCAAAGCCCCCAAACAUGCCGGGCAGAAGAAAACCUACCGAGCGAUCGCAGAGACCUACGCGUUCCUGCCGAGGGAGGCCGUGACCCGGUUCCUCAUGAGCUGCACCGAGUGCCAGAAGAGGAUGCACUUCAACUCCAACGGGCUGGAGCCCAAAGAGAGCGAGCCGCCCUCCUCGCUGGUGUCCGGCAUCAUCGACUACAACAUGCCCCUCACGUCCACCUACCUGAAGCAGAUGAAGCUGCGCGUCAUGAACUCCCAGGAGCAGGAUGAGACCUCGGUGAGCAGCGAGGACUUUGACAUGAACGACUCCACAUGGAUCUCAGCUGACCAGCACCUCGCGCCCAGCCUGAGCCCCAGCCAGGACGAGAGCAUGCGCAGCCCGCAGCCCCUGCCCGGCCCGGAGGACG